ACACACACACACACACGCACACACACAAAGUGCGAGUGUUUCUUGGAAAAUGCUUGCAUGAUUUCUGAGAGAUGACUCCCCUAAAGCUUUCUUUUGCACUCAGUGUUCUUUAGCCAGUGCCACAGGUCCAUAUGAGUUGGUCUGUGUGCCAGCCAUAUCAUUUGAGGGUGUGGUAGUUUUGAUUGUGUGUGUGAGUUGUCUUAACUUAGUGCUUAUGUUGGCCUGAUCUCAGCAUUCCUUUCUCUAAAGUAUUUAGAUAUGAAAGAUAUAAAAGUUAUUAACAUACAUGUUGGUGUUUUAUCAGGAUUUAUUAGAGAUUUGAUUCAUUAGUAGCUCAGCCCCCAGACAUGUUUCAUAAAGCCUAUAAACAGGGAGGAUGAUAUGUAUGCAGCUUAGACUCUUUUCCAGUGAAUUUCCAUCAUUAUCAGUCACAAAUGCUGUGAGUGUUUGGGCUGUAUACAUGGCUAGCAUUAUUUAAAGAGCUCUCUCUAUAUUAAAUUGCUCUAACAGCUUUCUUUCUUUCUGUUUCUUCUUGUUGGAAUAACAGGGGAAAAAAUGGAAAAGUCUGCAAGGUUCUCAAAAGUAAUCCCACAUCCUCUUUCUCUCGCUCUUUCUCUCUAACUCUUUCUUUGUCUCCAUUUGUGUGUCUCUGUAAACUUGAGCUUGUUAAAAACUCUCCCCAUCACACAGAAUAUACCCUCUAUCCUCCAGAUGUGUCUGUGUGGCUAUGAAUCAGAGCCUGUGACUACCUUUUUCCAAAGCUAUUUUGCAGAUGUCGAUAAUGAUGAUGGCAUUCUGGACAGUCUCCUGUUUGCUGCGGGACAAAUGGCCUCGAUGGUAGGCUGCUCUAUUAUUACAUUAGGUCAGAUGUGUAGAUCUGCACUGUAUUAGAGAAAAACAGUAGUGUAGUUUCAAAAUGUGUUGUUUCUCUCACUCUCUCUCUCUCAAUCUCACAUACCUAUGUGGAGCAGAAUUUACAAUUGGGUGGGCCAGUGUAAGUUACUAGCUGAACUAGACAUUUUUCAUAGAGAGGGAGUGUAUCUUUGUGUGUUUGUGUGUUUCGAAUCUCCACCACCACAGUUUCAUUUAGGUCAUGUAUGAACUGAGAGACAGAUAGAAACAAAACAAGACAAAAACAAAGGCAAGACAAACCAAGAAUUUGCGCUUUAUGUUUCUGCACACACACUCAUCAGCAUUCUGUGGUCAUCCUGAUAGUCCAGAGAUAACAAUUUGUAAGUGUAUCUGUGUGUUUGUAGGCACAAAGGAAUGAAGUAUACAGGGAUUAAAGUGGAGAUUACAGGAAGUAAAAUACUCUCUGAUAAGACAAAACUUAUUCCUGUUGCAUCAUUACACACACACACACACACACACACACACACACAGGAAAUUUCUAGCACACAAUGGAUUUUAUAUAAACCUGGCAAAAAAAGAAAGUAGUGGAACAAAAUAACAAUAUGAGCUCAAAAGAACAGAUUGAGACCCAAACAAGCCAUUGCAUAUUUAUUUGCAUUUAUUGUUUGGCUUUUUGUUUUUUUAAGAGGCUUUUUGGUGUCAUACUGUUGCUUGUGUGACCUUCAAAAGCUUUGAAAUGGCAGCCAUAGAAAGUCUGGAAUAGUUUCCUAAGUGAUAACUGUAGUCAUCUUCAUGAUAAUUAAGGCUCACUGCUUUACUGAUUUCUGAAAAACUAGCCUGCAGCCCAGUCUUAGCGGUAAAACUCAUUAGGCACAAUAUAUUGAAUAUGAUUACUCUCUUUAUGAAGAGUGUUUUUAUAAUUGAUUAAAAUAUAUGUUUUUAUAAAUUAUCAAAAAAAACCAACAAAUUUUCUAUGACAGCUAGGUCAGAUGCUGUAGGAAUGAAAGCAGCAGAGAGAUCUGAUAAUGUUUCUUAACCUGGGGUCCCCCAAACAGUUCAUAAAUUGUCUUUGUCCCAGCUCUCAGAAAACGUCUACCAGGUGUUCACUGUUCUUGUUUGACUGAUUCAGGUGAACUGGGAGCUGGCACAGAGAAAGAAUGUAGAUAGACUAUGGUCCCUGAAGGUGGGGUUGGCAAGCACUGCUGCACAACCUGGAGGGAUCAGACAGAUUGUUGGAAGCAUCUUAUCUUCAUUGGGGACCAGGAAAUGAUCUGUGCUCUAGCUUUCUCAUUCAGAACUGAAAUGGAAAAUGAAUCACAAUGUCAUAUGCACGUACUGAACAUAUAUCUGGCUGUUAUUUGCAACAAUUUCAUGUGAUCUGAUGCUGAACUGGCUUUAAAACCCUUCUUGUUGAGACCAGUGGCAGGGUAUUAGACAAUAUAGAAUGAUUCUACUGUAAAGAUGGUAAAGCUCCUAGACUGCAGCUUUUAGAACAAGAGUAACAGCAGAUGUUGAUUUAUACACAUUUAAAUUAUAUGUAGUCACAAAAAACACAUAUGAGAUCUGAGGUCUUAUUCUUUCAGGAAUUUCAGUGAUGGGAGAUAUCUGAUCUGCAUGAAAAAGAACAUAGUGAAUAAUUCGUAAAUUUUCUUUAAAAAAAAAAAAGGAAGUCUGUAGUAUGAAGUGCAACAAAAAAAGAAAACCUUUGGGUCCAGAUGCUCAUCUUCUGUAGCUCUGCUGGGAAUUGCUGGUAUCUGAGGUAACCCAAGCAUGAAUUUCAUUCUCCUUUAAUUCAGUAAAGAACAAGGAACUGGUUACAUGUAAGAUAUAUCAGACAAAUGUUGGAUAAUGUGUAGCAGAGCACAUGGAGGCCUGAUGGACUGCACCUGCAAAAAAUUCAGAGAGUGAGAGUAAGAGAAAUAUUUUUUUUAAAGAAAACAUAUGUUGAAGACAAGUACUUUUACUGUUAAACAUUGUAUACACCUAGUCCUAAUCCAUGUUCAGCCUAUUCUUUAGUUGCAACUAUAAUUCUCCAUCAUUAAAAUUCUCUCUUUCUCUGUCUCUGAUUUUCUUCAUCUUUUUCUCUGUCUCUCUCUUUCGUCAUCUCUCUCUGUUGUUCUCUCCAGGCUGGCUAGGUGUUGGCGCCAUGCGGGUGUACACAUCGGGUCGCGUCGAGGCAGUGAACGGCACAGACGUUCGUCUAAAAUGCACCUUCCAGAGCUCACAUCCAAUCCAGUCCAUCACCAUCUCCUGGAGCUUCAGGCCUCUUGGCCAAGGCCCUGUGGAGUCUGUGUUCUAUUACUACGAGAGGCCCUACCUCCCAACCGAGGGCCGCUUCAGGAAGAAGGUGUCCUGGGUAGGGGACAUUUCAUCAUGGGAUGCCUCCAUUAUAGUGCGAAGCGUGUUGUUCAGCUAUAAUGGCACCUUUAGCUGUCAAGUGAAGAACCCACCUGAUGUCCAUGGAAACGUCGGAGAGGUCCAGCUGCGAGUUGUCACCACAGCCUCUUUCUCUGAGAUUGUAAUUCUCACUGUCGCCAUCGGGGGUGCGGUCCUGCUGAUAAUCAUCGUCCUCAUCACUGUUAUGUUUGUACGCCGGUGUCGUAAUGCAGAGCAAAUGGAGUGUGAAAGAACGACACUCCGACGAGACCAAAAAGACCUUGUGGUGUGGUGAGAAAGAGAACUAGGGCAGAGGAAGGAAAGAGAGAGAGAGAGAGAGAGAGAGAGAGAGAGAGAGAGAGAGAGAGAGAGAGAGAGAGAGAGAGAGAGAGAGAGAAAUGAUGUAGGGAGGGAGAGACAUUUCUGCUACCUACUAUAUGCAUGUUUCCUCUCUCUGGUGCCCCCACUGGCUUGGAUGGAUAUUGUAUAAUAGUUCUUGCUACAUAUAAUAUUGCUGUGAGUGUGACUGUCCAGCACUGAUCCAGAUAAGGGGUAUUUUGCAGUUCCAAAAUUCCCAGUGAGGUUCCCCAUUUCCCAAUUAAUUCUAGACAAAUGUCAAAAGUGUUUAGUAGGACUACUAUUGCUCUGUUUGUCUAGGCUUCUGGCUUGUGGUUACCCAGCUAACUAUUUUAUUCACUUUGUUCCUGACUAUAGGCAAAUUAUACAAUGUUCAAAAUUUACAUGUUGAAUGCUUUGGGAAUGUUCAGUGAUCAGUUUAAUUAUAUUCAUUGAGCAAUAUUCUACAAAAUGUUUUCAGAAUAGUCCUGUUCAAAUGUUCACUGUGAACAUCCCCAAAGGAAAAAAAAACCUACAAAGGAAAACAACAAAAACAAAACCUAACAAAAAUAUAACAUUAAAAUGGCGUUCAAAUAACAUUGUAAACAGAAGUUUUAAUCGUAACAAUCUGGGAACCUUUAUCAAGGACAUGUGACAUUAAUAUUCAGUUAGCAUUAUGUUCAUAACAUUUCCUCCCAAUUUUGUCUCCCACCCACUGUGUAUUUCUGCUUUCCCACCUUCUUAGAGUUGGAAUUAACUAAGCACCUAGCGAGCAAAAGCUAUCUAGUAAGCAAAAGCAAUUAUCAAAUAUACAGUAUAAUUUCAAUCUUGAGGAUAAUUCUCAAGACUGUAAUUAUGGUGCAUGUAUAGCUGUGCUGUCAAACAGAACCCUAGAUUGUAAUGUUUUUUUCACAUGGAGCAAUAGUAAUGAUUGUCUUGUCUUUGAAUAACAAAUUCUAAGCAAACUUAAUUUUGAUUUUAUAGAACAUAGUCUCACAAAAAAAAACAAGGCAAGUCAGUGAUACCAAAGUUGCAUGUUGGAGACUAAUGAGUUAAUUCUAAACAUGUUAAACAAAGCAUUAGAUGAGGUUGCUCUCACAUUAACUACAGAAAAAGUGUAAGCUGUGAGACUGUAACAAUGGCCUGUCAGUCUGGCUUUCUUACUGGAAUGUUAUGGACUAUCUCCAGUUCUCAGCUCAGAUGUUCAGCUAAUUUGACCAAUUUGACUGAAAGCCUCAGAAAACCACAAACAGCUUUGCCUGACUCUUAAUUAUUGACAUGUUCAUUCUUUUUUUUUUUUUUUUGAUGAAUACAGAGCGAAAGCACUGUGCCUAUCAAUAUAUUUUUUACAUAAACUAUCAAAUCUUUUGCAAUUUUUUGAAUGCACUAAAAACAGUACUUCUUAUUAGUUCUCAAAUAUAGGAAUCUUUGUUCCAAAAUUAGAAAUAAUAUAUUAUUGAGAUAUUUUAUGACUUUGAGAUGUGUGGCAUUUCAUUCAAGUCUAACUCAUUGUUUGGAAACGACUACAAGGGUUGUUUGCUGGCUUUGCUGGGAUACCAAGGUGUCCUCAAAAUUGUUUUUGUGAAAUAAACCAAUACACAACACAUUCAUCUCUCUGCUGCAUCCAAUCUAAAAAGGGCAUUUAUUAUUAUUUUACUGUCACUUAAAGCAUUUGCUUUCUGAUCAAAUUCUUAUCAUUACUUAUUUACUGACAAUUCUUAUUAAUUGGUGUCCUGGUAAACUAAUUAAAUCAUUACAAACAAUUUUGUUUAAACUAAUGACAGCACUGGUAGAACCAUCAACAGGUUAGUAAACAUGCAUCAACAGAGCAUGGUCAUCAGGACACUAUACUGCUCUGCUGAGAGACUUUGACAGAAUGUUGUGUGCGUUGGAGUUAACUGGCUGUCAUAUGCCAUAUACCUUAUUGCACCAACACACAUUCACACACAUGCUGCUGUCACAUAGAUUAUGUGUAUUUAAAAUGUAUCUGUGUAAA